UUCACUGGGCCUGCUCCAUCGCGUUACCGCGUUACCGAGCAGCCGUCGCGGAGCAGCUCCAAGGCUACCCGAUGGAGGUGGUGGGCUCUGUAGGGUUGCCGCGUGCCCUGCGCAUUUUCAUUGCCCCCCCAAAGUAUCGGCCCGAAUAAACGCGCAUAUCCGCCUCCUUCCCUCGCUUAGCCUGCUUCGCUUGCGUUCUUUCUUCUCUCUCUCUCUCUCGCUCUCGCUUUCGCUUUCUCUCGCCGCCCCCUUAUAUACGCGCGCGUUCUUUAUCGCGCCUUGUCUUGUUGUCGCCUGUCCGGCUGUCAACUUUGCGUGCGAGAUGUCACGAACCAGAGGAGGGGGAGAAAGAGAGACGCCACACCGCGACCGCCGCCACCGCCACCGUUUUGCUCUGAUUCUCAUUCGAGUUCAUCGGUUAUGUUUUGUCACGAACGCUAUUCGCGUUCACGCGCUACCUAGGAGUCGCGACCGCGUCGUCCUCGGGGAGAUGCGUCCUCGCCGCGCCGCGAGGCUAUUCCGCGAGAGAGGACUCCCAGGAACGAGCGAAUGUUUUCUCCAAGCCAAAUACUAAGGUGAUGUAGAGGAAAUUGAAACUGCCAGAUCGAGACGAAUUUCUCUCUAUCACGAGUGAUUACAAUAUACGAGAUACCAAAACGGGUGACGAGGAGAAGAAUAUGGUAUCUCUGCCUAACGCAGAAACCGGCACGAUGGACAGAAUCUCGGACGAUGACGACGAUGAUCCUAGUAGCGGAUCCGAGACUUACGAGGAAGGGGAUCUCCUUUCGGCUGCGAUGGGCGAUGACGUCACGGCCCAGCUCGCUGCAGCAGGUUGGCAAAAAAACAUAGAUGGACCUGUCGGCGUAGCUGCAGCUGCUGCCAUUGUUUCAGCCAAAAAGCGAAAACGACCUCAUAGUUUUGAAACUAAUCCCAGUAUCAGAAAAAGGCAACAGAAUAGGCUUUUAAGAAAACUUAGACAAACCAUUGACGAAUUUGCAACGCGAGUUGGUCAACAAGCAGUAGUGUUAGUGGCUACACCGGGCAAACCAAAUAGUAGUUACAAAGUGUUUGGAGCGAAACCAUUAGAAGACGUAGUGAAAAAUCUAAGGACCGUUAUCAUGGAAGAACUUGAAAACGCGCUUGCACAACAAGCACCACCACCCUUGCAAGAGGAUCCGACAUUGUAUGAAUUACCACCACUGAUAAUCGACGGUAUACCGACUCCGGUGGAGAAAAUGACGCAAGCACAACUUAGAGCCUUUAUCCCAUUGAUGUUAAAGUAUUCCACUGGUAGAGGCAAACCUGGUUGGGGAAGAGAUAGUACACGACCACCAUGGUGGCCCAAGGAAUUACCUUGGGCUAAUGUCCGGAUGGAUGCGCGAUCGGAGGACGAAAAGCAAAAGAUCUCGUGGACUCACGCACUACGGCAGAUUGUAAUAAAUUGUUAUAAAUUCCACGGAAGGGAAGAUCUUCUGCCAGCGUUUAGCGAAGAGGAUGACAAAUCUAAUGUCCUGAUACAACAAGCGACGCCUCAUUCCUCGUCACAUCCGUCGCAUUCGUCGAGUCAGGGGCAAAACGGAGGACAGUCGCAACAGCAACAGACGGUGGGAGUUGUUCGCCUCAACAGCACGGAUUCAUCUAAGGGAAACUCUUCGCCAGCACAAAUCAUUGCCGCGUCUCCCACAGCUCUUGCCACUGCCACUCAGAUGACAGCCCAAUAUCCAACAACUGUAUUGCAGACAAUAACAAAUCCUGAUGGUACAGUUUCAAUUAUACAAGUGGAUCCCAGUACACCGAUUAUCACUUUACCAGAUGGUACAACAGCCCAAGUUCAAGGAGUUGCUACUAUCCAUACAAGUCAAGGAGAAGUGCAAGCAUUAGCAGAAGUAGCCGGUAGUACGGAUGGUGCUAGUGUGGCCGUCGAUCUGAAUACCGUUACAGAAGCAACAUUAGGUCAAGACGGUCAAAUCAUCCUCACCGGAGAAGAUGGACACGGAUAUCCUGUCUCGGUCUCAGGAGUGAUCACUGUGCCAGUAUCUGCUAGCAUGUAUCAGACUAUGGUGGCCAAUAUUCAGAGCGACGGUACGAUGCAAGUGGUGACGCCGAUGGUUCAGGUACCGAAGGUAGAACCAGGAAACGGUGACACCACCAUCGAGGCAGUCACUAUACAGGGUCAUCCUAUGACUAUGAUAAACGCUGCCGGAGAGCAUCAGGUCCUUCAAGUAAUCUCGUUGAAGGACGCCAAUGUUCUGACGAAGGCUAUGCAAGCCGAGGUUGUCAAGGACGAGGAUAGCCAACAACAACAAACUGUAUCUAGCCCGGAAUAGACGCGUGUUUUAAGUGUAAUCUAGUUAAUCCAAAAUCGCUCCAUAUCACCAUAUGCGCGCGUUUCGCGGUGAUACACGGGGAAAAGAGAGAGAUAAAAGUGUGAGAGAAUUAGUAAUGGAUUGGUGUUGUGUUCUUUUUUCUCUUUGAGUCACUGUACUUGUGUAGUGUGUCUUUGCUCUGACUGCGAACAGCGAAAUAUCUGAAAGUGAGAAUGGACGAGUGCGUAUAUUGAUUGAUUGGAUUAAGAUUAAUAUAGAGUAUUUGUACUCGAGAUUCAUUGUAGAUGCUUGAGAGUAUUCACUUGCAAUUCAAUUUUCUCGAAUGUAGUAUUCAUUUUCAAACAAAUGUAAUCGCGCCGAAUAUUGGACGAACGUGUCUCUUUCCGUUUUAGCAAAUAGUUUGCGACAUUAUCGAUCUCUUGCAUUGUUUUCUCUACCGAAAAAUGGAAAGUCAUCGAUAUAAUCGUGCUUUCUGAUAUCGCGCAACCAUGUACUUUCCGUCUAGUCUCAGAACCAGGUUGAUACGUGAAACACACCAAAGACAUGUAUUUUUAAUUAAUUCGAGAACUUCAUCACGGCAAUCGUGAAAGCUCUAUCGCUUCCAUAAUAGCUCAGUAAAGAAAAUUUGUUCAGCUUUUCUUUUUUACUAGCACAUAAAAAGUAAUUGAUCUUAAAAUUUGACAAAGGCACGAAGCUUCUCUAAUUUAUAAAUGUUUAUACAAGAAAAAUCACGAAAUUUGAUUUCAUGAAAAUCGAUCGUUUAUCGAACAUCGAACCAUUGUAAAUGAAAAAAAAAACAACUCGAAUACAAAUUGAAUGAAUCGAUGCGUUUGAACAGUUGGAGAUAUCAAGUUUGAAUUAGAGAUGUGUUUCGAAAUGUGACAUACGUUUGAAUUUUACAAUCAUCCGAAAAUUCCAAUCAUUAAAGAGAAAAAUAUCGAUACAAUUUCUUUUUUCUAUCGCAGUUAUGUAAUAGUAUACAGAGUUUUAUUUUAUCUCGAUCGCUUGGAGUACAUCCGUUGCUUUUUUGUAAAUGGUGCGAAGAAAUUUUCGCAUCGCGUUAAAAAGUAACGACGAUGUACCAGAUGGUCAAGAUGAAGGAAAAUAGCUCCUGUAUAUGUAAUAUAUACAUAAAAAUCGAUAGUAGAGAUAAUGAAAAAAAAAGUUAAGCAUUUCUGACGGGUACAAAUAGGAUGUAAGAUGUAUGUUUUUUCGAGGAAAAAAAUCAUCAUGUUAAUGGAUUUGAAAUUUCAAUACGCACCAACGCGAGAGGCGUGUGUCCAUAGUCUUAUUUUACAAGAAUUCUAUAUUGCACCACUUACUACUACUUAAUACUACUAUUCGCUUCGAUUAGCAUAAUUGAUAAGGGGAGCUAUCGUAUGAUUUUUAUCAACGCGAUAAAAGGAGGUAGGAAAUUAUAUUUCUAUGAAUGAUUAUUUUAAAUGUCAAUCUCUUGAAAAUUUAUCGAAACUAUGACCGAACAUGUAUGUAUGUACUAAUUUUUUAAAACAGAAUACGCGAUUGUAAAAACCAGGAUUCAUAUACAUAUAUAUAUUAUCCUUCAAUCAAUUUGAAGGUAAUCAAAAGUAAUCGAUUCUAUUUUACAUUAAAUAGUCUGACUGUGUCACACAUGGUAUUUAAAUCAUCAAUCCAUUUUUAUAAUGUAUCUAAAGCGACGAAAGGUGUAUUUUUUGCGUGCAAUCUUGUUUCAAUGUUGCGGUGGCAAAAGUUGAAAUCAUCUGUUUUUGUAUAUAAUUUUGUUUUUUAAGUCAUAACGAAAAGGAGGUCUAUAAUUUUAUCAUUCACCUUUUUUUCGUUACGUAUAACAUAUAUUAUAAAUAUAUAUUAUACAUGCAACGGCGGUUUCAUUCUUUUGUUUAGCAUUGUGUACAUUAUAAAUUAAAUUGGAAAACUCUACAAUCAGAUAUAUAAUGACAUUUACCUUAAAGAUCGUAACAUUGAAACAACAAAUUGCCCUCGAAAUCGUGUGUAAUAAUACCAAAGAGAUUUUUAUAACAUUAUAGGAAGAUAUAGAGUUGAGAUUAGAGGUAAAUACUAUUAAAAACGUAUCAUAAUGACUAGAUACUAAUUGUUGCGUUGUUUUUUUAAGAUUCAAGGCCACUACAUUAAUGAUGUAAUAUAUCAGUAUCCACGUAUGUAAGAUAAACAUGUUAUAUUUUCCCUCUGUUGUUUGUAACAAAGCACACACGGAGCAUAAAUUAAGUUAAAUGUCAUUCAAGAAACAAAAAAAAAUGUGUAUUACAACUUUAGAUAAUUAUAGACGUAUGUGUAAAUGA